UAGCAUGACUUUGCAGUUUUCCAAGUUUUUACAAAGAUACGAAGCAUGUCGGUAGGACAGAUAGAGCAAAACAUUUCUUCUGGCUCUUUCUGCAAAAAACGGAAGAAAAAUCGUAUGUUUCUUUUUUUAUCAGUAAAAGUAUUGCUAAUACUUUUAUUGACAACUUCGUAUGAGAGUUUCUCUGCAUUGUGCAUUUCUCGGGUCACUUACAGAUCGCAGAAGGCAUUGAUUACAUAAAACACUUUACGUUUUACGUAAAUUACAUAAAAGACUUAACGUAUAUUUCCCCCCUUAGGCUAUUAACGGUGCUUAUCUAGUAUGUGUGUGAAAGGUCAAUCAAGGGAACUUCAGUUUAAGUGUUGCAGUGUGACUGUCCACAUCUAAUUAGUAUGGUAAUAAAAUUAUCUAAAUUUUGAAUCCCGGAUUUCUCAUUACAAUUAUGAAUUUUAGAACCUUGUUUUUAUUCCGCGAACUCACCAGUGGAAUAAAACACCGUGAACACGGGUUUUUAUUGGAGACGCGAUUUAUUCAAAUUUGUUUCAUAAACAGCAUUCUCUAUUUUGCUGCGACUUGACUGGGUUAAUUAUCCAGUGGUAAAGUAUCAUUAAGUUUACUACUCAUCAUGGAAAACAGUUAAAAAUGCGUUUAAUAUUUGAGUGAUAGAAUUUGAUGUUUAAGAAACAGCGUCGGAAUGCGAAACCAUAUGUAUAUCAUAACAUUUUCAUGCUUUUUUACAUCUAUGUGAAAUAAACUAAGCGUCCAGCAAAAGUAAUUUAUUUUGUCACGAAGGCUGCUUUGCCAUUUUCUGUAGCUGUCGCAGCUGAAUCGGAAAAAACGAGGAUUUUUAGGGGUAGAAAAGAAAACAGGACACUGAGUUCAAACCCGGAAACGGAAAUAUCAAACAAAAGGAGACGCUCUCUGGAAAAUGUAACAUAUUCAAAUACACUGAGUAGUGAAGAAGAACUGCUGUUAUUUAACAGACAGCUCCUGCAAACUCGUACAUCAGACAGGUGCAGGCAUGAAUGACUUUGCUGUUCUCAGCACGGGGCGGAAGAUGCCUCUAAUUGGCCUGGGAACGUGGAAGAGUGAUCCUGGAAAGGUGAAGCAGGCUGUACAGUGGGCCCUUCAGGCUGGCUAUCGUCACAUUGACUGUGCUGCCAUCUACGGCAACGAGUCCGAGAUCGGCGAGGUUCUUCAGGAAAUGCUAAAACCCGACAAGGGCCUGCGGCGUGAGGACGUGUUUGUAACAUCCAAGCUGUGGAACACAUGCCACCACCCUGAGGAUGUGGAGCCCGCGCUGCUGAAGACACUGCGGGAUCUGCAACUGGAGUACCUGGACCUCUACCUCAUCCACUGGCCAUAUGCCUUCCAGCGAGGCGGGGCGCCCUUCCCGAAGAAGGAGGAUGGCUCGCUGCUGUACGACGACAUCGACUACAAGGAGACGUGGGCGGCCAUGGAGCGGCUGGUGGGCAAGGGGCUGGUGCGGGCCAUCGGCCUCUCCAACUUCAACCGGCGGCAGAUUGACGACGUGCUCAGCGUGGCCAGCGUCAAGCCCGCUGUGCUACAGGUGGAGUGCCACCCCUACCUGGCGCAGUCGGAGCUCCUGGCGCACUGCCGUGCCCGGGGGCUGGUGGUGACGGCGUACAGCCCGCUGGGCUCCCCGGACCGUGCCUGGAAACACCCGGAUGAGCCGGUGUUGCUGGAGGAGGCUUCCAUUGCUGCGCUGGCACAGAAAUACAACAAGUCCCCUGCUCAAAUCAUCCUCAGGUGGCAGACCCAGCGCGGUGUGGUGACCAUUCCCAAAAGCGUGACUGAGUCCCGGAUAAAAGAAAACAUCCAGGUGUUUGACUUCACUCUCGAGCCAGAGGAAAUGAAAAGUAUAACGGCGCUGAACAGGGGUUGGCGCUACAUUGUUCCCACCAUUACAGUUGAUGAGAAGCCGGUUCCCAGGGAUGCAGGACACCCUCAUUAUCCUUUCGGUGACCCCUACUGACCCCUCCAGGCCACCACCCACAUCGUGCCUCUGGACUUCCUCUCCUCUGACACUCCUUCCUGCCCUGCUCCUGCCCGUCUCGGAAUAAAGGCCACUUUUAUUAAUGUAGUGCGUUUUGCCUCCUUCCUGCUUGUCUUUAUUGUCUCAGCACUCCCCGUGGAAUUUGCAUGUUUAGUGGGGACAGCACAUGAAAUAAACAUGAUUGUUAUACA